AUGCUUCUGCUUGUGCUUGUGCUAGUGCUUGUACCGGCUUUUGUGCAGGAGUUUGGGCAAGUGCCGGCUCUUGUAUUAUUGCAAGUACUUGUGAUGUUGCUUGUGUUAGUGCUGGUGCUGGUGCUGGCGCUUGUGCCUGUCCUGGUGCUUAGUAAUAUUGCUGCUGGUGGUGCUGGUGGUGGUACUGGUGGUGGUGCUGGUGGUGGUGCUGCUGGUGGUGCUGGUAGUGGUGCUGGUGCUGGUGCUGGUGGAGAAUUUGGUGCCGGUGCAGCAGCUUGUGAUGGUCCCUAUGCUGGUGCCUAUACUAGUGAUGGAUCUGGUGCUGGUGCUGGCACUGGUUCUAAAACUGUUUCUUGUACCGUUGGUUGUGCUGGAGCAUGGGCCGGUGCUGGUGCUUGUGCUAGUGCAUGUACUACUGCUAGUGCUGGUUCUGGUGCUGGUGCUUGUGCUAGAGCACGUGCUUGUCCUGGUGCUGGUGUUGGUGCCUAUGCUAAUGCCUGUAAUAUUGCUGGAGCUGGUGCUGGUUCUGGUGCUAGGGCUGGUGCUGGUGCUGAAACUAUACAAGAUACUGAAAACAAAAUGUAA